UUCACAGGGGUGAUGGGACAGAAACAGGACAAGGAGCUAGAAAAAGAAGACGUCCUGACCGGUGCCGUUAGUGACUAUGAGAUCUUAAACCAAAGCGAAGAGGAAGCACAUUCCAACAGCCCAGAAGAAAUAGACCAGAAUUUUGUUCACUUGUACACCUCCAUACUAGAGCCCUGUCCCGAUCAGGAACCAACAAGACCUAAUGACAACACCACUGAGCCCUCUUUCAACCAGGGAGGAAAAAAGAUCAGACAGAGUUAUGACACGGAUGUUUCGCAGAAUGGCAGGACACCAAAUCCUCUGCUGAGCCUGGCAGGAGGUCCAUGUGCCUCAGAAUUCAAAACAGUCACAAGCGACGCAACCGCCACAGACAUAUUUACUGCUGUAGACCAGCAACGACCUGACAAAACAGUCGGAAUGACUAACAAAACUCACCUCAAGGAUACUCCAAACAUGGACUCAGCAGAUGAUGGCGUGAGCAUUGAGAAGAAUGAGACACGGACGCUCUCUGACAGACACAACGGGAUGACAAAGAUGAGUGGUGAUGUCGAAAUAAAGAGGACAUUUUCUUUGGAAGCAGAGAAUGCUGAUUUACUUGAAAGACAGCCAUUCCAGGACAAAGAUAAACAUGAAAUGCAAACCCUAAGUAGUGACAAAAUUAGGAGAGGUUGUGAGAAAGUUUGCAAAGAAAGUGCUGGAACUGUUCGACACAAAGAAAGUCCUGAUGAGGACAGAUUUGAGUAUUUGGACAGAGCCGAUUCUUUAUGUCCAGAGACUGUGACAACACGUCCAUCAUUCACUGGGCUCCACUCGAAUUCAAGUCGUCCAUGGCUUCAGAGUGCCAAUAAGCAGGAUAGUUUACAGGGAGACAAAAAUAUCAGUAGAGGUUUGUCAAGAAGAAGUGUUUUACAAGAACCCAAUGAUGCCUCACAGACACCCAAAGCAACAAACUUCAGAAAUGACCAAAGAACUUUCCGUACACCAUUGCUGGGAAAAGAAGAGACCGAAAUGGGUGAAACUGAAGAUUUUGAUGCAGGUGACGCCGAAAGAGUCGCACAGACAGCUUCUUUGCAACAGGAAAAAGAGCCUCUUUAUUUCACAGCUGAGAUCACACCACCACUUCAGAUUCAUGCAUUUCCUGAUCAGGAGGCGAGGAAGUCAUCUGACGUUUCUCAUUUGUACGUUCCUCACGCUGAAAAACAGAGCAUGAUCCCUGACAUCCUACCCACAGAUGCCAAAAUCAAAGGACCACCACCACCUGUUCCAAAGAAACCAAAGAAUCCCUUUAAAAAAGCCGUUGGCCGCAAGGAAUCUGCUUGUCAUUCCACAGAGGAGCCAAGCAAAUAUUCGGACCUACUGCUCAGAAAUAUUCAAAUGGACAGAAGGCAGGCAGCACUGCAGUCCGCUGAGGAUUUUAAUAUGCAUGCAUCAUGUCUUGAUAUGUCACCUUAUUAUAUCGAGUCCCCAUUCUACAUGUGCAUGUCCUUAGAGCCUGAGGCUGCUGAUAUUCCAAGAUAUGAUUUAGUCCCGUAUGAUGAAACUGUUGCACCUGACUGCGAUAACUUGAUAGAAACUGUCGAUGAUAAAGAACUAAAAGAAAUGGAUAUGUCUCAGCUGAGACCGUUGUUAAAAAAAAAAGCAAAAAUUAAGGGCCCACCACCACCUGUGCCGAAGAAGCCUCAAAAUCCAUUUGCUAAAGCAGACACUGAGAAGAACCAAGCAAGCAAAGACUCUGAUCUGGAAAAUGUGGAACAGCCUUUGAAAUAUGGUAGACGUGACUCUGAAUGCUACGUGAUGGACAUGGAGGAUGAAGAAGCCGCUAAACCCACCGCAGUCCCAACUAGAUAUCCUUACGCCGCCUGUCGAAUUCCAAGCAGUGAUUCUUCUGCUUCAGAGGAAAACAAGCUGUCCAGAUACAGGCCCGUCUCUGAACUCAUCAGAGACAGCAACAAAAUCCAGGAGAAAGUGAUACAUCACAGCAGGACAAACAUAAUGAAAGCCAGGCCAGAUGUGACUGUGGGAAGCCAGAGUCUAAAAGUAUCGCAGAUGAAGACAGCCUUUGAUGCACAAACAUCUUCCCAUAAAAUGGAAAGAAGAUCCUCGCCAAAGAAAGAAAUGAUCAGACGAGUGGUACGACAGAGUAAAUUCCGUCAUGUGUUUGGUCAGGCGGUGAAGAAUGACCAGUGCUAUGAUGAUAUUAGGGUUUCGCGGGUUACCUGGGACAGUGCCUUUUGUGCAGUAAAUCCCAAAUUUGUUGCUAUUAUUGUGGAGGCUAGUGGGGGUGGAGCUUUCCUCGUUCUGCCUCUGCUAAAGACGGGUCGUAUUGACAAGGCCUACCCCACUGUUUGUGGUCACACGGGCCCUGUGCUGGACAUCGACUGGUGCCCACACAAUGAUCACGUCAUUGCUAGCGGCUCUGAAGAUUGUACAGUAAUGGUGUGGCAGAUCCCUGAGAACGGCCUCACCGAACCUCUUUCUGAGCCAGUCGUGGUGUUAGAGGGUCACUCCAAGAGGGUGGGCAUCGUGACGUGGCAUCCAACAGCCCGCAAUGUUCUGCUAAGUGCAGGAUGCGAUAAUCUCAUCAUCAUUUGGAACGUGGGCACAGGAGAAGCUCUGAUCAACCUGGAGGACAUGCAUCCUGACGUGAUCUUCAGCGUCUGCUGGAGUCGCAACGGCAGCCUCAUUUGCACCGCAUGCAAGGAUAAGAAAGUGCGCGUUGUCGAUCCACGCAAGGGAAAGAUCAUUGCGGAGAAGGAUAAGGCCCACGAGGGGGCACGGCCCAUGAGAGCCAUCUUUCUGGCUGAUGGAAACAUCUUCACCACCGGUUUCAGUCGUAUGAGUGAGCGGCAGCUAGCCUUAUGGAAUCCAAAAAACAUGGAGGAUCCGAUAUCAGUGCAUGAAAUGGACACCAGCAAUGGAGUGUUGCUUCCAUUCUAUGACCCUGACACUAAUGUGGUCUACCUGUGUGGAAAGGGUGACAGCAGUAUCCGUUACUUCGAGAUCACAGACGAGGCACCGUAUGUGCACUACCUCAACACGUUUUCCAGCAAGGAGCCCCAAAGAGGCAUGGGCUACAUGCCUAAAAGAGGCCUAGAUGUCAACAAGUGUGAGAUAGCCAGGUUUUAUAAACUUCAUGAGAGAAAGUGUGAGCCAAUCAUCAUGACCGUUCCUAGAAAGUCAGACCUCUUUCAGGACGACCUCUAUCUGGACACAGCAGGUCCAGACCCGGCGCUAGAGGCUGAGGAGUGGUUUGAAGGCAAGAAUGGCGAACCGAUCCUGAUCUCGCUCAAACACGGUUAUGUUCCGGGCAAGAACCGCGACCUCAAAGUAGUCAAGAAAAAUGUGCUGGAUAACAAGGCACCCAAGAAGGUGGAGAAGCCAGCAACUCCCCAGAAACCUGCCUCUCCUCAGCUAACCAAAAAGAACGAAGUGAAGUUAGAGGAGCUGCUGCGAGAAGUCAAGUCCCUUAGAGAUCUGGUCACGCUGCAGGACAGGAGAAUCGCCAAACUUGAAGAUCAAGUGGCUAAAGUGGCAAUCUAAGACACUGGUGGUGGUCUGAGCCAUAGCUUCAGUAUGGAGAAAGAGAGAUUCAGUUGGGCAGGGGGGGCAGUCACUGUCAAAAUUUCUCAAUUUGACUCGAUCAUUCCGCUUGGUGUUUCUCACAAGGACAACUUCAAGCAACAUUCCAAGAUGGACUUUUACUUUUUGUCAAGUCUCCCCCAAGCAUCCGCAUAGCAGAAGCAAAGUUGUGGCAAUGAGUGGUCACUGGUUUUAACUGAUGUUUUACAUUUUGUUAAAAAUUUUCUUACUUCUUUUGUUAUUAUAACAUUGUUUCCAUGAGUAUUCUGAUAUUAACCGGUAUGUUACAGAGUGUCAUUGUAUAUACACAUUAGUAUUUCUCUUUUCAUUUUUUGAUGUGCUGCCAAAUUUGAGGUGAGUCAGUCACCUCUCCUUUUAUUUCUACUUUUCUCUGUUUUUCCCAGUUGUAGAUAGUGGCUUAUUGAAAAACAAGACAUGCUGUUCAAAGUGGGACAUCAGCAGAAAAGGCGGAACUGUGUGGAUAUGAUUGUAAAGGCAACUAAUAAUAGAUGAUAAGGAUAUGAUUUAGUGAAAUGUUCAUAACCAUUAAAAUUCAACAUUUAGGAUUCACCAGGAUUUAAUUGGGAAUUCAGUCCAAAUUAAGUCCCUUGUGAUGAUCAUGAUCACUGGAGUAUUAAUUCAUUUCCUCCAUUGGCUGCUUUGAGAUCAUCAUCAUUGAUUAUAAAGCAUCCAACAACAGGGUUUUUCAAAAAAUAUAAGUCAGUUACAGUAUAUCCAAAAGCAAUAACUUCAUGUUGCAGAAUGAAUGUGAACGUAAACCUAAACCUGUUAGACUUUGGCAAGUAUCGUUGAUGCAUUCCUCAUGCAUAUUCUUCAUAAAUCAAAAACUUGCCGCUGUAACUUGAUAGUAAUUAUGAAAUUACUGUUGCACCUCAGGAAAUCAAUCACUCUGAAGUCAGAAACAUUGGAUGCUCAACACUUGCCAGUUGCAUGAGGUUUUUCCCACAGAAAUAGUACCUUAUUUUGAUUAGGAAAUGGCUAUUUUGUUUAUUUAUUUUUUUUGCUGUCAUUAUCCAUGUUCUCCAGUUUGCCCCCACUUUCGAAUUGUUCUCACGUUACAGAAUAUUGGGCUGACACAUGCUCGAUAAGUGAACUUGGCUUUAAGAGGCAGUGGCUACCUGCGAGCUCUUCUGAUGUACAUAUACUGUAAAUGUAUUGGUGCCUCUAUGUGUGUUUCUGGUUUUAGAAAGACCUCCUCAGUUGACCACUGCUGGAGGACAACAUCCAUGAAAAUGAGCACUUAUCUAUGUCCUAAACAGUCUUGUGCAUGCAUUCCAAACUUCACCUAAAAUAAAAAAGGU